AUGACAACAAUAAUUAAUUUCAAAGAACAAACUCAACUAUCACUUCAAGAUCGCCCAAAUGCAUUAAUGCAAUCGGGAUGUAAAAUGUAUACAUGGAAAUGCAAUGAUGCUCCGAUUAAAAAUUUUACAUCGAUCGAAUUCGUUAAUGAUUAUACGGCUUUUCUAUCCAUUAAAAUCAAACAACAUGCAGAUGAUGAAUGGCAUGUUUGCUUGAAACGGUAUCGAUUGAUGGAAUCACCACAUGGGGAACUUGGUAGUAAUAGUCAUAUUACACUCGGUCAAAAACAGUUGAUCUUUAUGCCACGUGCUAUCUAUCAAAUACGGUUUUUACUUCAACAGCCAUCAUCGAUUUGGAAAGAUUUUACUAUUGAUAACGUUAAAAUUCAUAACCAAACAAUACCGAUAAAAGAUCGUAAACCGUCAAUUGAACGUUUACUCGCGACUACAUUAAUUAACGAUGAUCAAAUGACAGAACCGGCAUUUGCUAAUAUACCAACAAUGAAUGAACUUUCCCAACAUCUACAAGCCAUGUGGACAAUAUGCGCUAAAAUGCAACAAUCAGAUUAUGGACCUGAACAUAUCAAACGAUUUGAUAUCGACGGUGAAUAUGAUUUACAAAUACUGUCUUAUACAUAA